AUGAAGGCCGCUCGCGUCACAUCCUGGGGCUCACCACCUGAGUACGUCACGGUCCCAGACCUUCCGGCGCCAUCGGCCAACGAGCUGCAGCUCAAGGUCCUCGCCGUGGGCAUCCCGCGUGUAGUCAGAGGCCGCGCGGCGGGCAAGCACCCCAGCGCUUUCAAGGCCUCGCUGCCGUAUGAUCCCAGCAUCGACGGCGUCGGCCUGGACGAGGCUACAAACGAGCGCUACUUCAUCACCGUUUCCCCCGCGCCGCUGCUUGCUGAGCGCGUCAACAUCAAUCGUAGCCAGCUUGUCAAGCUCGACGCAGCCGCCGACGCCGUCACCGUAGCGGCCCUCGCCAAUCCUGCGGCGAGCAGCUGGUUAGCUCUGCGAUGCCGAGCUGUCGGGGGCUGCGUCGACCGCACUGUCGCCAUCAUCGGCGCCACGAGUGCCAGUGGCCGCAUCGCGGUAUCAGUGGCUCGCUCGCUGGGUGCUGCCCGAGUGGUUGGUCUGGCACGCAACGAGGAAGCUCUCGCAGCCGUCGAGGGCCUGGACGAGCGCGUCGUCCUGACAAGCCCGCUUGUUCUGCCUCAGAGUGUUGGACCCGUAGACAUUGUAAUUGACUACGUGGGCGGUCCUACCGCCGUCGAGCUCCUCCAGGCCGCUGAGAUUAAGCGUGGCGAGAACUUGCAGUACAUCCAAGUCGGCGGCCUGGCAGGCUGCGAGAAUCACGUCUUGCCAGCGCGCCUCAUCAAUCUCAAGCCAAUCCGCAUCAUGGGGUCCGGCCUGGGGAGCGUCAACAGGGAGGAGAUAGAGCGGGAGACGCCUGAGCUGCUGGCCCUGAUAAGCAAGAUGAAGCCGCCCUUUGAGAUCAUCUCUGCGCCGCUAGCUGACGUGGGGUCGAUCUGGGAAUCGGAGGAUGCCAAGGAGAAGAGGCUUGUGCUGGUUCCGUGA